GCUGUGGGGGUUAUGGGGGAGUAUGGAGUCUAUAGGGGCCGGGGGCAUCCCUUCAUUAACACAUCCCCUCAUUAACGAGCCCCCUCAUUAACCCCUCGUUCCCCCCCAGCGCUGCCGCCGACCCUCCGAGACCCCCCAGCUCGUGACACCUGUGCCCGCACCGCCAGCACCCCCCUGAGGACGGGACCUCCCCUCAAUUAACCCAAAGGCCUCGUUAAUUAACUGAAAGGCCUCGUUGCCAUGCGGGUGACGCCGUGCCAGGCCGCCCUGGCCGCGGGCAUCGCCCUCAACCUCCUGCUCCUCUUCUGCGCCUGGCGCGGGGGGCCCCCCUCGCCCUCCCCGUGCCGCCCCCCGCGCGGGGCGCCCGGCGUCACCGUCCUGCUGCGCGACUUCGACGACUUCGACAACGACCUGGCGGGCACCGCCCGCUCCUUCGCCGCCCUGCCCGUGCCCGUCCUGGUGGCGGCCGACUCGCCGCCCUACCCGCCCGUGCCGCUGCCCGCCGGCGCCGCGCUCCUGCCCCUGCGCCCGCAGCGGCCCGACCGCCCGCCGCCGCCUCGCCCCGAGCUGGCCGUGCGCACCCGCCACGUGGCGCUGGUGCCCGACGGCGCCCGGGCCGCGCCGGGCCUGCUGGAGCGCAUGAGGGACGCGCUGGAGGCCGCCGGCGACAACGGCACCCGCGUGGUGGCCGCGCCGGUGGGCCCGCGGGCGCCGCGGUGCCUGGCGCUGAGCGUGGACCUGCGGGCGUGGACGGCGCGGUACAGCGAUGCCAAUGACGCCGACGCUCGCGGCGGCGGCGGCUGCUCGGCGCUGGAGGGUCCCCCCGCCGUCCUCCUGCUGCGCGCCCGCGACCUGUUCUCCCUGCCCUUCCCGCUGGCGCGCCCGGUGCCCACCGCCCUGGCCCUGCAGGCCGCCCUGCGCGGCUGGCGCCUGCGCCUGCUGCCCGGCGCCGCCUUCCCGGCCGCCCGCCGCCCGCCGGUCUCGCCGCACAGCCGCUGGAAGGCCGAGGGGCUGGCGGACGCCCGGCGCCGGCGGCUGCUGCGGGACGUGGGCGUCAAGCUGGAGGUGCUGCCCGACGGGCGGCGGCGCUGGCACGGCUGCGCCAAGGACACGCCGCGCUGCUUCGGCACCGUGCAGGCCCGCACGCCGCAGUACCUGCUGGCCGGGCGCUGGACGCCGCCCUGCUGCCUGCGGGCGCUGCGCGAGACCGCCCGGCACGUGGCCCGCGAGCUGGAGGCCGCCGGCGUCCGGUACUGGCUGGAAGGGGGGUCCCUGCUGGGCGCCGCCCGCCUGGGCGACAUCAUCCCCUGGGACUACGACGUCGACCUGGGCAUCUACCGCGAGGACGCCGGCAAGUGCCGCUGGCUGGCGGCCGUGGCGGCCGAGGGCCGGCCGGUGGAGGACCCCGAGGGCUUCCUGUGGGAGAAGGCGGCCGAGGGCGACUUCUACCGCGUCCACUUCAGCCGCGCCAACCGGCUGCACGUGGACCUGUGGCCCUUCUACGCCCGCGGCGGGACCAUGACCAAGGACACGUGGCUGGGGCACCCGCAGGACGUGGAGUUCCCCGAGAGCUUCCUGCGGCCCCGGGUGCCCGUGGCCUUCGCCGGCUUCACGGCCAUGGCGCCCAACAACGCCCGCGCCUUCCUCGAGCUCAAGUUCGGGCCCGGCGCCGUCGAGAACCCCGAGUACCCCAACCCCGCCGUGAAGAGGCUGGCGAGGGACUGAGGGGCACGUGGGGGGGGCACAAGGGGGUGUUCUGGGCACCGGGGGUGAGGGGUGGGGGGCAAUAAACCCCCCCCAAGUCCCUGUGAUGCCCACCAGGCUCCUCUGUGCCAGGACUGGAGGGUACACGGGGGGUGUUCUGGGCACCAGGAGUGAGGGGUGGGGGACAAUAAACCCCCCCAAAUCCCUGUGAUGCCCACCAGGCUCCUCUGUGCCAGGACUGGGGGGCACAUGGGGAGCUGCCCCAGGCACCAGGAGUGAGGGGUGGGGGACAAUAAACCCCCCCAAGUCCCUGUGAUGCCCACCAGGCUCCUCUGUGCCAGGACUGGGGGGCACACGGGGGCUGCUGUGGGCACCAGGAGUGAGGGGAACACAG